AACUCCAAUCUUCAUCCUCCACAGCCGUCGCAGAGAUUCCAUCACAAUUACUUUACAAUCCAAUGCCCUUUGACUAAAGUUCCCCCAAUUUCUUUAUUCUUCUUCCUCGCCACCUCCCCUUCAAACCUAAACCGCCUCACAUUUCCUCGAAUUUUCCUCACAUUCAUGCAUAUCGCUACACACACAAACACAAACCCCCUUUUUCCUCCUCCUUUCCUAGACCCCAAUCCCUAAUUCCCUUCUCCCCAAUGAUUAUCACCACACCUCAAUUCCCACACCAAACUAACUUAUUCCAGCUUUGGGUGAUUUCAAAAUGAAGCUGAUUUUACUUUUCUCGAUCGUCACUCUGUUUCUAUCUCCUCUUUCCGUCUCCGCUCAAAAUCCGACAAACACAACCGCAAAAUGCCCCAUGAAUUUGGAUUAUGUGAGCUCAGUUCCAUGGGAUGUAUCCGAGUGCAAAGAGCAUCUCUCUCCCAACAGCACACGGUGCUGCCAAGCCCUCCUCUCUCUAUACGGCGUCGCAUUCGCGGAGAAUCUAAAAAAGACAUCUUUGUUCCAGCUCCCUGAUUUGCCCACCUCGAUUUCAUGCCUUGAUGAUUUUCAGGCGAAAUUGAACUCUCUCUCUUUGCCGUCGAAUUUGACUUCGGUGUGUUUUGAUCCUCCGCAAUUCGUGACGUCUCCGAACAUUUGUGCUUCGAUUCAAUCGACUUCUGAUUGGGUGAGGAAGCUUGGGAAUUCGACGGUGUUGGACUCUGCUUGCAAGCCAGACCUCACUGAUCUCACCGCUUGUGAUGCUUGUGUUGCUGCGGGAUUCAGGGUUCAAUCGAGUUUGACUGCAAUUGAUGGUAAUAUGUCUCAUUCCACUGAUUGUUUCUACUUUGCUGUGUUGUAUGCUGCUGGGAUUGUGAAUCAGUUUGGACCUGAGAGCAUUGGUGCUGUUUCUUGUAUUUUCGGUUUAUCGGUUGUUUCUCACAAGAGCUCAUCGGGUAGGAGGCGGUCGGGUUUGAUUUACGGCGUUGCUGGAGCUGGUGUGGCUCUUGUUUUAGUGUCUUGUUUGUUGGGGUUGUACAUUUGGUGGGCUAGGAGGUUUAAAGAGAGGGGUGAUGAGGGAGAGGAGGAGUUGGGGUCUAGGCCGAGGAGGCCGGCCGUUGUGUCGAUAUGGUUUAAGAUUCAAGAACUCGAGAAGGCAACGGAUGGGUUUUCGCCUAAGAACUUUCUCGGGAGAGGGGGUUUUGGGAUGGUGUAUCGAGGGACGUUGAGUGAUGGAACGGUUGUUGCAGUGAAAAAGAUAAUAGAGUCGGAUAUAGAAGGGAAUGCGGAAUUUUGUAAUGAAGUUGAGAUCAUUAGUAACUUGAAGCAUAGGAAUCUGUUGCCUCUUAGAGGGUGUUGUGUGGUUGAUGAGAAUGGUGGUCCGCACGAGAGUGAGCGUUAUCUUGUGUAUGACUACAUGCCGAAUGGGAAUCUUGAUGACCAUCUGUUUCCGGUGAGUGGCAGUGGGGUUUCCCCGUUGUCGUGGCCUAUGAGGAAGAGUGUGAUCAUGGAUGUGGCGAAAGGGCUUGCUUAUCUGCAUUAUGGCGUUAAGCCAGCUAUCUUUCAUCGGGAUAUCAAGGGGACUAAUAUAUUGCUGGAUGGUGAGAUGAGGGCGAGGGUGGCGGAUUUUGGGCUGGCGAAGCAGAGCAGGGAAGGGCAGUCUCAUCUCACGACUCGUGUGGCUGGGACGCACGGGUAUUUAGCACCUGAGUACGCGUUGUACGGGCAGUUGACUGAGAAAAGCGACGUGUACAGCUUUGGAGUUGUUGUUUUGGAGAUCAUGUGUGGGAGGAGGGCUCUUGAUCUGUCCGCGGGGUCGCCUCUGAUCACAGACUGGGCUUGGGAGCUCGUGAAAGGCGGGAAGCUCGAGAAGGUGUUGGAUCCUUGCCUGGUCAACACUGGAGAUUCACAGAGUACGAAUCCAAGAGGGGUGAUGGAGAGAUUCGUCCUCGUUGGCAUUCUGUGUGCUCAUGUCAUGGUCGCCCUAAGGCCGACCAUUGUAGAGGCGUUGAAGAUGUUGGAAGGUGAUAUCGAGGUUCCCAUGAUUCCGGAUAGGCCGACCCCUCUCGGCCACCACUCGUUCCAAAGGAGCUUCAGCAUUUCCCCGGCUUUGAGUGCGUUGCAGCUCAAUUCCGGGGACAUGCUUAGGUGAAGAAUCCUAAACAAGAUGUACAGAGCUUAUAUACAUAUAUUUAUAAGCUAUUUUCAUGUAAAUAGAUAUAUUAAUUUUAUCUACUUUUUCUGAAUCUAAUCUUUUGCUUGAGUGGUAAACCAUUGGUUGUGGGAUUAUGAUACUAACGUUUCCUACUAGCUUCGCACCACUGUUGGUGGCGACCAAUCGUGGAAAUCAACGGUUCUUCUCGUACGAUGUCGUACCGAGAUUGGUAAUGGUAAUGGUGGCCAUUGAAGUAUCACUUUGGUUGGUUUAGAAUGUGAUUUUGUGUGGUGUCCAAUCUCUCCUAUGUUGUCAACUACUAGAAUUUGUAUGGCCUUUUCUUUUGGGAGUCUUGAUAUGAAAUAACACCAUGAUUUUAUUUGGUGCCA